AUGCAUUCCCUCAGCCUUCUUACCGUUGUUGUCGCAGCCAGAUCUGCAUUUGCUCACAUGGAAAUGAGAGAACCCCUUGCCUUCCGCAGCAGGUUCGGUUCAGGUACCCAAAUUGAUUACAGCAACACGUCCCCUCUUCUGGGAGAUGGUUCCAAUUUUCCCUGCAAGGGCUAUCACCAUGAUACCGGCAAUAUGCCUGUUGCUACAUACCAAGCCGGGGACACCGUCCAGCUCAAACUUGAGGGUUCAGCCACCCACGGCGGCGGCUCCUGUCAAGUCUCUCUCAGUUACGACGGUGGCAACACCUUCAAAGUCAUCAUGUCAAUGAUUGGUGGCUGCCCAUUGCCCAAGAAUUACCUAGUCAAAAUUCCACACUUCGUACCACAAGGAGAAGUUGUCUUCGCCUGGUCGUGGUUCAAUCUCCUUGGAAAUCGUGAGAUGUACAUGAACUGUGCCCUAGUUAACAUAAAAAGUGGAAGCGGGAAUUCAUCUGACUUCGAAAAUUUGCCCGAUAUGUAUGUUGCUAAUGUGGGCAAUGGCAAGAAGACUGUUGAGGGUUCCAAUACGAUAUUCCCGAGGCCAGGUGACAACGUGCUUUAUGGCCAUGGUCUAGGACCUGCCAGUGGUGACUCUUCUCCCGCCGCUAUUAAGGCAUCCUCUUCCACUGCGAAGGCAUCCUCUUUUACUGAAAAGGCAUCUUCUUCCACUGCGAAGGCAUCCUCUUUUACUGAAAAGGCAUCUUCUUCCACUGCAAAGGCAUCUCCUGCCACUGAAAAGGCAUCUCCUGCCACUGAAAAGGCAUCUUCUUCCACUGCUGUCACUUCUUCUCCGGGUGCUAUCUCUAUACCUCCCGCUUGGAAUACUACGCUCUAUAACUCUACCACUUCCAGUCAUGCCCCUUGGCCAACUGCGCCUUGCCCAACCCACAAUUUGAACGCGACUACUUCUACUACACCAGCUUCUUCAUCUUAUCCAAUCUUCAUCAAACAAAGUGGCUCUGAUACCACUCCACUCUCUUCAUCUUCUGCAGCUUCCCAACAUCGUCCUGCUACUACUGCAACUCUUUCAGGCCUGUCCGUUUCUGGGACUGCAAGCGGCUCUGGAUUACAAGACAGUUUUUCUUUACGCUGCAGUUGUUCAUUGGUUUAA